AUGGAGAAUAUUGAUCAUGAGUACAAUAAUUACUGGGAAACCACUAGGUUUUUCCAAUCAGUAGAAUUUAACAGUUAUAAUUACGACGAAACACUAUCGGCAUACUAUGAUUCGAGCUCGCCUGAUGGAACCUUGUCAUCAAUGGCUUCCAAGAACAUCGAGUCUGAGAGAAAUAGGAGGAAGAAACUCAAUGAAAGACUCUAUGCACUAAGAGCAGUUGUCCCUAACAUUACUAAGAUGGAUAAAGCUUCGAUAAUCAAAGAUGCGAUCGAAUAUAUCCAAGAAUUGCAAGAAGAAGAGAAGAGAAUUCGAGCUGAAGUAUCAAAGCUCGAGUCUGGGAGAUUGCCGAAUGGUUCAAUUUUUGACAUCGAUCAAGAGGCUACAACUUUUUGUUCAAAACCAAAGAGAUCAAGAAUUGAUCAAUACUAUGAUUCUGCAGGAUCAAGAUCAUGCCCUAUUGAAGUUCUUGAGUUGAAGGUAACCAAUAUGGGGGAAAAGACAGUUGUAAUUAGCCUCACAUGCUGUAAAGGAACAAACACAAUGGUCAAGCUUUGUGAGAUCUUUGAAUCUUUGAAGCUCAAAAUCAUUACUGCCAAUAUCACUUCUUAUUCUGGAUGGGUUUUGAAGACCGUGUUUGUCGAGGCCAAUGAAGAGGAAAAAGACCUUUUAAGAGGAAAGAUAGAGGCAGCCAUAGCAUCUCUAAAUGAUCCAGACAGUCCUAUGAGCAUCUAA